AUGCCGUGGAUCCCGUGGCUGCCGCCUCUGCUGCUGCUGCUGACCGCCUGCACCUCGAGCACCCAGGGGAAGCGCCGCCUCGUCUACUUCCGGGAGGAGUUCGAAGAUGGGGAUGGAUGGACAAAGCGAUGGGUACAAUCUAAACAUCAGUCAGAUUACGGAAAAUUCCAGCUUAGUUCGGGAAAAUUUUAUCAAGACAAAGAAAGAGAUAAAGGUCUCCAGACCACUGAAGAUGCCAAGUUCUAUGCCCUUUCCACCAGGUUUAAGCCAUUCAGCAAUGAGAAUGAGACCUUGGUGGUUCAGUUUUCAGUAAAGCAUGAGCAAGGCAUCGAUUGCGGUGGGGGCUACGUGAAGCUCUUUCCUGCCUCACUCGACCAGGACAACAUGCACGCCGAGUCCCAGUAUUACAUCAUGUUCGGCCCAGACAUCUGUGGCUUUGGCAACAACAGACUACAGGUCAUCCUCUAUCACCAAGGGAAAUACCAUGAGAACAACAAGACCCUCAAGUGCAGGAUUAAUAAGGACACUCACCUGUACACUCUGGUCAUCCGCCCGAACGGGACGUACGAGGUGAAAAUCGACAACGAGAAGGUGACGAGCGGAAUGCUGGAAGAUGACUGGGACUUCCUGCCUCCCAAGAAGAUUAAAGACCCCUACGCCAGGAAACCAAGGAAAUGGGAUGAGCGGCUACAGAUAGAGGAUCCUGACGAUAAGAAACCUGAGGACUGGGAGGACUCGGAGUUCAUACCAGACCCGGAAGCCAAGAAGCCUGAUGACUGGGAUGAGGCGAUGGACGGGGUGUGGGAAGGGCCGCUGAUACUGAACACCAAGUACAAGGGAGAAUGGAAACCUCGGAUCAUUGACAAUCCCAAUUACCAGGGGGAGUGGAUUCACCCAGAGAUAGACAACCCCAAAUACAGGCCUGACCCCACCAUUUGUCAUUAUCACAACAUCAGCGUCCUUGGCCUGGAUCUUUGGCAGGUGAAAUCGGGCAGCAUCUUUGACAAUUUCCUUCUAACGAAUGAUGAGGAGUUUGCUGAAGAGGUUGGAAAUAUGACCUGGGGGUUAAGAAAGGAUAUAGAACAGCAGUGGAGAGAGCUGUAUGAAGAAAUGGAGAAAAAGAAGGAGGCGGAAGAGGCCAAGAAGAAGAGGGAGAAGGAGCGAGCCAGGCAAGAGGAUGUGUGGGGGCUGGAUGAGGAGGACGAGGAGGAGGAUGGAGAGCAGUCCGACGAAGCAGAUGAAAAGCCCAAGCAGAAGUACAGCGCUGGGAGGACGGCUCUGGGCAAAGAGGAAGCCCGCUUUGAUCAGAAGGACGAACUGUAA